AUGGCAUCCAGGAACCAGAACAGGCCUCCGCCCGCGCUGCCUCGCAGCCCCUCACGUGUAAUAGUUGCUUACUCCCAGUCGGCUCCUCUGCUCUCGGGGCUUGCUUUCUUUGACAGCUCUCGUUUUGAGUGAUUGUUCCUUCGCUGGCUUUUCCCCCUUCAAUUUUGAAUGGAAUUUUCGUGUGCAGAAGAAGGAGAACGUUGAUGAGGGGCGAAUGGACAAGAGGAGGAGGAUCGUCGGUAAAAUGGCGACCCCCGUGAUCAACAAUCUACGUCCGCGUACUGUGCUUGCCGCCGUUAAUUCCGGGGCCAAUGUGGUGCCCCAUCCGGCGGCAGGGGACUCUGCAUGCCCCGACGGAGGGAGCGCCGGAGUUGGAUUGGAGUUCACCUCCAGGGAGGAUGUCGAGCGUCUGCUGAACGAGAAAAUGAAGGGCAAAAACAAGACCGACAAGGUAAGCCCUUUUGCUCGCGAGUUGGUUAUUUAAGAGAGUUUAACCUAUAGUAUAGUUCAUCUCCUUGCUUGUCCUCUGUACCUAUUUGUUUCCCUCUGCGCUGUACAGGCUAAAUGUGAACAGAUGAUGGAGUACAUCAAAAAGCUUAGAGCUUGCAUCAAGUGGUUUGAAGAUCGAGAAGAUCGGCUUCAGGAGGAACAGCUUAAGCUCCAGAGCACGAUAGAAUCCGCGGAGAAACAAUGUGCAGAUCUCGGUAAUAUCUUUACAUUUCUCUAAAAAAAUAAAAUAAAAUUGGCCAGAUGGCAAACCAUACGUAAAACACGAUGGUCGUGUUGGUCGGAGUUGCGUCUAAGAUUUGUGAUAUCACAUUCAUUUCUGGCAAUAAUUUUGUUUAUUUUUAAAUUGUUAAAAUUUGGCGAAUGAUUAUUUUUUUUUCCCGAUGGCAUCUCAUUUCAUCAGCGGCUCAGAUGAAAGAGAGAGAAGAACAACUGACAGUGGAGCUUGAUAACAUGAAGCAGAUUAAUGCUUCUUUACGGGAGAGUUUGGAGAAGGAAGAAGCAGAUAAAUUGGUGCGUAUCAUACCUUUCCUCGGCCUGGGACGCAUCUUUGCCUUUUCAUCUAUAGUAAUUUAUUUAAGCAUGCAGUUCGCAAUUGAUAGUCAUAAUAAAGAAGUGGAGCUGAGGAGUAGCGUAGAGAAAUCAAGAGAUGCCUUAUCAGAAGAGCUUAGGAAAGCACAAGUAGAGGCAUUGAAUGCUGAACAACAGGUCGGUCAGAUGGUUUGUUUGAGGUUCUUAUCGCUUAUCUUGGCUUUCGCCAUUUCCAUAUGGUUGAAAUAUAAUCCAAUUUUGUUUAUACCAGAUAAAGACACUUCAGGAUAUCAAUAAAAGGCUUCAGGAGUAUAACACAAGCUUGCAACAGUACAACAGCAAGCUUCAAAACGAUGCCGCUUCUAAUAGUGAAACCAUAACAAAAUUGCAAAAAGAGAAGACAACAAUGACCGAGGCAUUGAGCGGUUCGAGGGCCCACUGCAGCUUGCUCCAAGAACAGUUAGCCUCCUCAAGGGUGAGUUACUAUGAUAUUGCUAUAUCAGUGUGAAGCGGAUUCUAGUUAAAUAUUUUUUAUAAAUACAUUCUAUCCUCUAUUACACUCGAGCUUCAGGUUCUGGCUCGUGUUUUAGAGAAAUCUCACUGUUAUCAGAAAAUGGCUGUACUUUUUUGAUGUGUAAGAGAGUUUGUGGAUAUGGGAUAUUCCAUUUGCUGUUCAGGAUCAUGCUUCUUGCCAUUAGUGUAUGAUAAUAACAGGUGUGUUCGAUGACUGAUUUCGCGAACUCAUAUGUUUCCAUUUGUUCAUAUUGCAUCGUUUCUUUUUAUGAACAUUGGGUUGUGCAACACUUGGGGGAAGGGUGAUGGGGACAUUCCGAAUCUAUCAGUGAGGGAAUAAGCCAGGAAUUACGUAAAAACAUCAUCCAUUCGGCUGCCAUUGUGGAGAAAAUUAUGGACUAGCUACGUGUAUCGUUGACCAAACUCAUCUGCAGCAGUGAGGGCCCGCCCACCCUCCAGUUCAAUGUAGAUCUCUCUAAAUUUUGCACAAAUGACGACUGCUUCGUUAAUCAGCUGCCUAAAAGUUAAUUUUAUUUGUUUCUCAGCAUUGUCUUCUUCAUUUCUUGCCACUGAAAACUAUGUGUGCAAAAUUCCAUGCCCUUGGACUUUUAUUAUUAUUUUAAAUAAAUUUAAAUAUCAUAUUUUUAAGCCCUAUAUUUCCCUCCUUCAGCUUUUGUGACUAUUGGCUGUCCUGCUGUUACGUUUUGUAAAUAUGGACUGUUUCAUCAAAGCUAUCGUGCCACCUACAUGAAUAAAAUAUUGGCUACAAAAAGCAAAUGUUACGCAUUUAUCUGGCAACGCUCACAACAUCUAUUCAUACUUUGUUGAGCUUGUUUUGAUCAGGCUUCUCAGCAAGAUGCUGUGCGAGAGAAAGAAGAGUUGAAGAGUAAUGUGGAGCAGCUUCGUGGAGAAGUAAGGCUGAUAAGAGAAGAUCGUGACUCGCAGUUGGCCCAUGUGCAAUCCUUGCAUUCCGAAUUGACGAAAUACAAAGAAUGUACAGGAAAAUCCUCCCUUGAAUUGGCCAAUUUAACAACCAGAAAUGAUACUCUUGAGGUAUGCUGUUGAUUCCCUAUGUAAUACGUAUGCUCGACCGAUAAUUGUACUGAUCUUGUUCGACAUCUUUUAUUUUAGUCUGCCUGCUCUUCUCAAAGGAGCCAGAUUCAAUUAUUACAAUGCCAGCUUGAAGCAGCAAAUGAGAAGUUACAGGUUAGAGGCAACUGUAUCAUUUAUAAAUUAUUCUAUGAUCCCAGAGUCUUAUUGGAUUCUCUCUAAUUAUUGACCGCACGCUUUUAAUUCGCGUUUUAAUCUUCACAUUGUUUUCUACGUUUAGUUGGCUGAUUCAACCGCAGUGGAGACCAUUGCGGAGUUUGAGAAGCAAAAAAGGAUUAUACGUGAGCUACAAGGUCGUCUUUCUGAUUCUGAACUGCAAAUACUUGAAGCUGAGAAGUUGCGAAAGAAGCUACAUAAUACUAUUUUGGUAACUUUUGUUUUCCACUUCUGGGUCGUCCAUUAAUGUUUCAGCGGGUAUGUUUGCUUGUUUUUACGAAGCCAAAACUUCUUCUGUAGGAACUGAAAGGCAAUAUCCGGGUAUUUUGCCGGGUGCGUCCUCUGCACCCUGAUGAUGAUGACAGUGGAUUAGAAACCAGUGUUGUUUCUUAUCCUUCAUCGCUUGAAUCCCUAGGCCGGGGCAUUGAUUUGACCCACAAUGGUACAUCACACUAUGCAUCUUUUUGCCGUUUUAAGUUGCUUUGACCGCUUUAUAUUUAUCUAGUUGCUCAAUUCGCUCCCCUGCUUUCAUCAAUAGGUCAAAAGUAUCCAUUCACAUUUGACAAAGUGUUUGACCAUGGAGCUAGCCAGGAGGAUGUGUUUGUGGAAAUUUCGCAGCUCGUUCAGAGCGCUCUUGACGGCUAUAAGGUUGUAAGAGUUUUUCUCACUCUAUGUUGUUGCUCCGAGAAGGAGAAGAAGAAGUUGACCUUUUUUUUCAUUUUAUUUAAAUUUUUAUACUACUCGUUGUUAUUCAUCCUCUUGAUUGAUUACGAUUACAGGUGUGCAUUUUCGCGUAUGGUCAGACUGGUUCUGGGAAGACGUAUACAAUGAUGGGGAAGACAGAGGAAUCAGAGCAGAAGGGGCUGAUACCUCGCUCGUUGGAACAGAUAUUUCAGAGCAGCCAAGUACUUUCAUCUCAGGGUUGGAGAUACAAGAUGCAGGUUUGACUCUACAACUCCCAUUUUGGAUAAAUUUCCCUUUUUGUCGCGUUGACCUGGGUUACAACCCUUUUUGGUUUUUCGGUGAUGAACAGGCGUCUAUGCUGGAAAUAUACAAUGAGACAAUCAGGGACUUGCUAUCAGCGAAUAGAUCCGCUGGACCUGACAUAAAUGCAAACCUUGGGAAGCAAUAUACGAUUAAACAUGAUCAGAAUGGCAAUACAGUUGUCUCCGACCUUACCGUUGUGGAUGUGUGCAGUAUCAAGGAGGUUUCUUAUCUCCUCAACAAGGCUGCGCAGAGCAGGUAUCCUUCUGAAAACUUCCUCGCUUGAAUCUAUUUUGUGAUAAACUGUCGUAUCCGUCUGAGUGAGCUUGGGAUGAUUCACCUUCACUCUCUAGCUGAUAUUUCACAUAAUUUUCCAUAAAUAGUGGUAAAUUUUCCAUAGCCCUUGAAGAAUACUUUGCACCUCCCAGGUUUCAUGUGAUAAUUUUUUCCAUCUGUAGACUUUCCCAUUUUGUUGGAAUUUCUCACGAGGGAACUUACCUCAUCCAAGUUGUCUGACACAUGGCGUUGACCAGAAAGAUCUGCCCGAUUCUUCAACUGUUCAUAGAACUCAGCUGAUCCUUCAUAAAUAGGACAAGUGGGACCAGUUCUUCGUUGAUGGAGUAUAAUACGGAUCCUAAUUUUUCCUCUUUCGAGUAAAGAUUUCUAUGAUUUGGUUGUUGUUGCAAAAAUCUAUGGUUUCCUCGAAGAACAUAUUGUUAGAGGGUUCACUGAUGAUUAGAGGGCUAAUUCUUCUGGAAUGAUCAGAGCACUGAUCAUUUUGCUGUGCAUUUUUUUUGGAAUGAUCUUUCUUGCGGAUCUCUGCACAUUUGUGAAUGGGCAGUCAUCUACGAGUUGCUCUGCGUUGACUUUUGAAUGAGCUUGACUUGCAGAAGAGAUGCAUAUUUUAUUUUGGGGAAUAUUGUCUUGAGGGUAUCGAUCACUUGGACGUUGACUUGUGGUAUUGAUUUCUGCUGCAGAUCUGUGGGUAAGACCCAUAUGAACGAGCAGUCGUCGAGAAGUCACUUCGUGUUCACCUUGCGAAUCUCCGGGGUCAACGAGGUGCGAAAUGUGUUCAUUGCAGUUCAUCGGUUUAGAUCGUAAAUCUGUAAUUAUUUGCUAAAAAAAGCCUGCUUUAUUACAGAGCACAGAGCAACAGGUACAAGGCGUGCUCAACCUUAUUGACCUCGCUGGGAGCGAGCGGCUGGCCAAGAGCGGCUCGACUGGGGACCGCCUGAAGGAGACCCAGGCAUGAUCAUGCAUCUCUCCCUCUCUCUCUAUCUUAUCCAGACAUGCAGGGUCUGCGCUGACUUUCCCUUACUGGGUUUUUGCCAUCUAAUCCCCAGGCGAUCAACAAGAGUCUAUCUGCACUGAGUGACGUGAUAUUUUCCAUUGCCAAGAAGGAAGAUCACGUCCCCUAUAGGAACUCCAAGUUGACCUACCUUCUCCAGGUAUGGUUUUCGUGAAUGGCCCUUUGACUUUGGUAAUUUAGUCGUUGACGGGUGAUUUAUUAUAGUUGACCUGCCUUGGGCUAUGGUUUUGACAUCGGAUUGGAAUAAUCUAUAUGGCAGCCCUGCCUUGGUGGCGACGCCAAGACGCUGAUGUUCGUCAAUAUCGCCCCCGAGUCGUCCUCCACGGGGGAGUCGAUCUGUUCGCUCCGUUUUGCGGCGAGGGUCAACGCCUGUGAGAUCGGCGUGCCCCGCCGUCAGACGCAGCAGCAGCAGCUGCCACGUGCGGCGGACUCCCGGCUGAGCUGCGGCUGA